AUGGACUUCAGAAGACCUCUGUUGGUAUGGGAGGAGGAAGAAGCUAACAGACUUUUUCAUUUGCUGAAUUCUGCACCAAUUCUGUGCAAUUCCAGAUCUGAUGAGCUCAUAUGGGGUGCAGACCCAUCUAAUCUUUUCUCUGUUUCCUCUCUAUAUCUUUGGAGUGAAUCACGUCUGGGACCUAUACUACCAGUGGCUGCUUCAAUUUGGAAUAAUUUCGCUCCUCCAAAAGUUCAAUGUUUUGGGUGGAUGGCUUGGCUGGGUAAGAUUAAAACUUUGAGUUUCCUCCAUAGAAUUGGAAUUCUAACAGGGAAUGUAAAUCUGGAUUGUGUCUUCUGUCAUAAUGAGAUUGAAACUGUGGAACAUAUUCUAUUGUAUUGUCAUUUCGUUUGGUUGCUUUGGUCCAACAUUGUCCGAUGGUGGGGUAUGCAAUGGGUGCUACCAGGUUCAGUGAAUGGACUGUUGAAUUGGUGGGAUGGUUGUAGAAUGAAGAAGCUGGAAAAGAAAAUUUGGAAGGUUCUUCCUCUGGCUAUCCUCUGGUCUACAUGGAAGCAUCGAAAUGAUUGCAUCUUUAAUGGCUCUCAACCAAACUUGGAAGACCUGUGUGAAAUAGUGAACGUUCGUGUAGCUAUGUGGCUCAAAGCCUCACCAACUCAGGUGGAGCUUUCUAUUAAUGACCUGGUCUUUAACCUGCCACAGGCUGCAGAGUUAGCUCCAAAUAAAAAUUGUGUAUCAUGCUGCUGCUGUAAUAUACCUGAUGCUGAUCUGGGUUGA